ACAUCGAUAUGGGACAUACCAGUGUUGGAAAAGAAACCGCUGGUAGUGUUGUUCAGCACCAGAGUCGAAAUGUAAACAAGCUUCUGGAAUCUCCUGCAACAUCGCUGGCCUUGGCAAAAGAGGUAACGAUGGAGUUUGACGGCAGCUUAUGUGCGCGCAAUUGGGUCACGCAGUUUCAGAACAUCGGAAAGAUUUACAAUUUGGACGACGGAUGCAUGCACAUGCUGCUAAUUGCCAAACUAAAAGGAAACGCACAGCGCUGGCUGCACGCAAGCGCCACACGCAUCCUAGAAUCAACCGACCAGCUGUGCGAACAGUUAAUCUUGACAUUCGAGGUCAAGAUGUCAAAAGGGGAACUGAGGAACGCAUUUCAAAAACGCGAAUGGCAUCCGGAUGAGAAAUUUGCUGUUUACUUCGAGGACAAGGUGAUGCUGGCCAACGACAUCAACAUCGAUCUAGAGGAGCUCCUGGAAAACAUCAUUGAAGGAAUCCCAGCACCAGCGUUGCGCAACCAGGCGCGCAUACAGUGUUUCUCCGAGCCGAUGCAAAUUCUGCGGGCUUUCUCGGAAGUCCGUCUGCCGAAGCACAAAACAGGGAGCAGUUUAUCAAAGCGUCUUACUGGAGGAGGUGCAGCCAAUAAGGACUUACGUUGUGCCAAUUGCAACUCCAAAGGGCACUUCGCCAGGGAGUGUCUCAAGCUAAAGAGGGAGCCCGGAUCCUGCUAUGCCUGUGGGGCAUUUGGACACUUCGUCGGACAAUGCCCGGAGCGCAAGAGCUCCAAUAUCAACAAUUAUAAUGCCUCAUAGACACAGGGAGUCCAAUAUCAUUUACAAAGUUAAGCAAUGUAUCCAAGGAAAUUAAUUUAGAAUCCGCUUCAGAAACCUAUUUCGGGCUGAAUAAAAGCCAACUGACAAUACAUGGAAAAAUCUUAUGUUACAUUAUAAAAGAAAAAGUUAAAUGUUAUUUUUAUUUGUACGUGGUCCCAGACGAGUCUAUGAGUCAUAAUGUAGUUCUUGGACGAAAUUUCAUGGAAGCGUGCCAGUUGAAACUGGAUCCAGACGCCUUGGGAAGGAUAACGGUCAACCCAGUCGAUAGUAAAA